CUAUUACGUAUGCCUCAAAGCUGGUCACUCGGUUGCUGUUUGCCACUAUAGGUUUGACUAGAACUUUGUUACCCCAAAGCUUGGUGUCUCUCAACCACGUGCCUAUCUCACUGAGCAAGACUGUGAAUAUGACCCUCAAGCUCAUGUUACAACAUCUGUUGCUGACUUUGGUGAUCCAAAUGGCUGGUAUGCCAAUUCCGGAGCUACAAAUCAUGUUGCUUUUGGUAUGGAAAACUUGGAUUCCGCAGCUCCAUACAAUGGGUCUGGAGCUCUUGCAGUUGGCAAUGUUUUACAAAACAUGCUGCUUUGUUAAGGACAAACAAAUGGGGACUGUAUUGCUCAAAGGGAAGACUAAAGGAGGACUCUACUUGCUUGGUGAUGUUGUUGAUGACAAAGGGCCAACACUUCAGUGCAAUCUAGCUACUAUAAAUAGUUUUGUUUCUGGUUCUUGUACUUUUACUACUGUCGAUAAAGUGACAUCAAACUAUUGUAUUGAUUUGCAAAGUAAUAAUAAAGAGUUAGAUACUUCUUUUUCCCGUUAUACUUGGAUUUUUCCAUUGAUGUUGAAGACUCAAGCUAUUGAUGUCAUUAUCAAAUUUAAAGGCCUUGUGGAAAAACCAUUUGGAUUGCCUAUAAAAGGUGUUCAAGCAGAUUGGGGUGUUAAUAUAGGCCUUUUGCUUGUUUCUUGA